GAGAGAGAGGGGAGACGAAAGCAGCCGAAGAUUGCCGAGUGGUUUCGGCAGGUCGCUCUUGGGGAGCCGAGCCGAGCCGAGCCGAGGAGUCGAUCGCUUUUCGGGAACUGUUUGAGUUUGAGUUUGGCAGGCGGGGGGGGGCUCCGGAGGCGACAUGGGAGCGUGCCUGGGGAUCUGCUCUUUGCUGAGCUGCGCAUCAUGUCUCUGUGGUUCAGCUUCUUGUCUGUUGUGUGGCUGCUGUCCUUCUACCAAGAAUUCAACCGUAACACGUCUCAGCUUCACCUUGUUUCUCUUCUUGGGGACAUUAGUGUCCAUCAUAAUGAUAAUUCCAGGAGUGGAAGAAAAGCUGCACAAGCUUCCUGGAUUCUGCGAAGGAAGCAGUUCGCCUGUGGGCAUCAAGGUUGACUGUAAGGCCUUCCUGGGACUCAAAUCGGUGUACCGCAUGUGUUUUGCCACAGCUUCAUUCUUCUUCUUCUUCGCCUUGCUGAUGCUCUGUGUCAGGAGCAGCAAGGAUCCCCGAGCUUCAAUACAGAACGGGUUUUGGUUCUUCAAGCUCCUGAUGCUGAUUGGAAUAACCGUGGGUGCCUUCUAUAUUCCCGAUGGAACAUUCACAUCUGUCUGGUUCUACUUUGGCGUGGUCGGUUCCUUCUUCUUUGUCCUCAUCCAGCUCAUCCUCUUGAUUGAUUUUGCCCACUCCUGGAGUCAAAUUUGGCUGCGCAAUGCGGAUGAAGGCAACAGCAAGUCCUGGUAUGCAGCUCUGUUUUUCUUCACCUUUCUGUUCUACGCUGUCUCCAUUGCUGCCAUUGUGCUACUCUACGUCUAUUACACCAAAUCAGAUGGCUGUACCGAAAGCAAGAUCUUAGUCAGCCUCAAUCUCAUCUUCUGCAUUGUGGUCUCUGUGGUCUCUGUACUGCCCAAGGUCCAGGAUGCUCAGCCUCAUUCUGGCCUUCUCCAAGCAUCCAUCAUUACCCUCUACACCAUGUAUGUCACCUGGUCAGCUUUGGCCAACGUACCAGAUAAACACUGCAAUCCAACUCUCCUGGUAAGAACGGCAGGGAACAGCACAACAGCUCUGCCUGAGAAUGGCCAAGCAACUCAAUGGUGGGAUGCCCCAAGCAUUGUAGGCCUAAUCAUAUUUGUUUUCUGCACCCUCUUCAUAAGCAUCCGUUCCUCGGACCAUACACAAGUGAACAAGAUGAUGCUCACAGAAGAAAGCCCAGCGAUGCUAGGGGGUGGAAGCACUAACCUUGAAGAUGGGGUACACCGGGCUUAUGACAACGAAGAGGAUGGAGUGUCUUACAACUACACCUUUUUCCAUAUCUGCCUCUUCCUGGCCUCCCUCUACAUCAUGAUGACACUUACCAACUGGUACAGGCCUAAUGAAAUCCGCCAAGAGCUGACCAGCCCAUGGACUGCUGUCUGGGUGAAGAUUUCAUCCAGCUGGGUUGGGCUUCUCCUGUAUCUUUGGACUUUGAUUGCCCCACUUGUACUUCCAGACCGGGACUUCAGCUGAAAACUUUCCAAGAGUGCCAACUUCCCAAGGGAAAAAGUUACACGGUGCCAUGAGAAGUGAGCAAGUGAGGUCAAUACUUAUGGCUUGAAUGUUAGGUAUGGGCUCUCAAACUUAUGAAGGCAGAAGUGACCAAUUCUCCCCUUUCCUCUGUUUUACAUUCAGACAAAUCUACUACGUUUUGUGACUUUACUUCUUGAAAAUUCUUUAAAAACCAGUUAAACUGGCUUAAUCCACUUAUGUGUGCAAGGCUCAACACACAUUUCUGGUGGAGGAUGUCUGCACAACUCCCCCCCCCCCACUUACGCUAAUGGCCUUCUAAGUAUAUUGUAAAAUACCUGAGUAACUUACAUGGUGCUGCUCAUCUUUUUUUUUUUUUUAAAGAUAUUUGGCAUAGGAAUAACUGUGUGUUCCUUUUUAAAUUGUGGUUUAAAGGAAUUUUUCACCACUUUGCCUUGUUACAUGAAGCCUUUUAAAUAAACUCUCAGUUAUUUUUGAUAUGGAAUUUGAUGGUAAUAAAAUAAAAAUCCUUGUAUUAGGUAGAUGAAUGUUGAGCAUAGAAACAGACUACCAUCAUAACAGUGCCUGGGUAAGCUUGGUUUAGGGCAGCCUUCUGAAAGUCUUGAUUUUAAUGGAGUGUUCUGUACCAACCCAGUCAAUUAUGGUUUACUUAGUAAACCAUGGUUAUAUCAUGGUGUAGCACAUUCUAGGAAACGUGUCUUAUUCUGGCAUUUAGAGACGCAUAGGAAAUGAUUGUGGCUUGUGGGAAGACAUUCCAUAAAUGGUAGGGUGGAUUGAAUGCACUAGAAAAAUAACAUCAAUAACCUAGAAUAGUUUAGGCUAUGUCUCUUUUUGUGAGACCCCAGUUGUGAUUGACCAAAAUGACAAAAAGUGUCGUUUUCCAGCUGACAAAUGUUAUGCAAAAUUUUCUGACUUUAACAAAUUUUAUUCAAAACUUUCCGACUAACACAUUUUAUUAAGAAGCAUACGUUUUCAUGAACUGAGCUUGUAUCUUUGAAUAAAAGGUGUACAUUACAAAA